AUGGCACACAUUUCUGUGGAAAAGAAGGGCAUCAGCGUUCAUGAAUCCGAUGGAACCCCAAAAGAUAACGACACGGUGCUAGCGGACCGUUCUGACAAUGACAGUCGCUUCGACCAAGCACUUGAUUUCCUCAAGGAGCACAAGAAUGACGCGGCGGUGUCCCUGUCUAGACAACCCUCGUUCACCCGCGCUUUGAGGAGAAGGGUUGACUUCCGUGUUAUCCCUUUCUUAUGUUGCUGUUACACACUGAACUUCCUCGAUAAGGUUCUGUUGAAUUAUGCAAACAUCAUGGGGAUGGCGCAGCAGAUCAACCUCGUGGGUAAUGAGUACUCGCACGCUUAUGCCGACUUCUGGAUAGCUUCCCUCGUGUUCUCGCUACCGAACGUGUGGCUGCUCAACAGACUGCCCGUCGCAAAGUUCUUGGGCUGUUGUCUUAUCGGAUGGGGCCUCUGCAACGCUUGCCAUGCCGCCCUUGAGAACUACGCUGGUCUCGUUGCCUUGCGAGUGUUGAGUGGAGCAUUUGAGUCCGGGAUCCUCCCGGCUUUGAUCCUCAUCGCCAGCCAAUACUUCACCUAUGAGGAGCAGUCCACGCGCUUCUCCUUUUGGUACAGUGGCAUGGGACUUGGCCAGAUAUUCGGCGGACUGAUCUCAUUCGGCUUCCAGCAUGUAUCGGCUGAUGCGGCUUUGAGUGGAUGGAAGACCAUGUUCCUGGUACUAGGUCUCAUAACGAUUGCCUUUGGUGUCCUCGUCAUCUUCAUGGUCCCGGAUACGCCCAUGACCGCGAGAUUCUUGAGCAACGACGACCAGGUUGCGCUGCUAGAGCACCUCCUGGAGGGCUUGCUCGACAUAGGCUGCUGGCUCCUGUUCAUCAACGUGACGCUGCAACUCAUCGGGUCCGGGGUCGUCACAGCAUACUCCGCCACGAUCCUGAAGUCGUUCGACUAUACAUCUAAAGAGGCUGCACUUCUCAACAUGCCGUGUGGUGUGGUCAACAUCAUCGCGACGAUGUGCAAUGCCUCCUUUGUGCGGUACUAUGGGCAUCGUUGGCUCGUCAUUACCUUCGCCGGGGCGGUUGGCACCAUUGGCGCGGGCCUUCUCUGCUUCCUCCCCCACUCGAACAAGGGUGGCCUGCUUGUAGGAAUGUACUUGAUCAACGUACUUCCGGGGGCGACUAUCAUUGUAUUCCAGUGGCUGUCUUGCAAUGUUGCCGGGCACACCAAGCGCGCCUACGUUUCGGCCGCCGCGAACGCCGCCUUUGCUGUUGGGAAUAUUAUCGGACCAGAGACGUUCAGAGCCAAGGAGGCUCCCGGCUUUAGGAGUGCCAAACUCACUCUGGUUAUCGCUUGGGCCCUGCUGGUUGGAUUUUCCCCUCUGGCUGGGGGAUAUUACGCGCUGAAGAACAGGUCGAGGGGACGGAGGGCUGACGAGGUGACGGACAAGCAGGCCUACGCUGGGUUGACUGACAAGGAGAACCUGACGUUCCGGUAUCAUCUGUAA